AUGGCCGGAAUGAAGAUGCUUCCUGCCUCCUUUGCCCGUGACUCUGUACCCCUGCACUUGCGUGGCGAGUCUUUGGACCAGGUGAGGCUGGUUUGGCUGGUCCCGAUACUGGCCCAGCUGGUUGAGGCGAACUACUGGGAACAGCUCAGCCCGAGUGGCACGCCGCCAUCCGUGCGGUUUCGGCACGGAGACGCCGCGGUGUGGAGCCCGGCUGCGCACGGCUUCUACGUGUUCGGUGGGGAGGAUGAUAACGGCAACCUUCUCAACGACUCGUGGAUCUACCGGAGAUGCGCUUUCUUCGUGAAGUACUGGGCCACCUUCCAUGUGAACUACUGGGAACAGCUCAGCCCGAGCGGCACGGCGCCAUCCGGGCGGACUCACCACACCGCGGUGUGGAGCGCCGCUGCGAACGGCUUCUACGUGUUCGGUGGGUAUGAUGGCCCGGGCCUGAGAGCACGUCUGGGGGCAGCACGACAGCAACCUGCGAUGCUGCGUUGCGGCAACGUUCUUAACGACUUGUGGUUCUACGGGAGUGAGGCCAGUGAGGGAGAUGCCCUCUUUUUUUGUGUGAAGUACUGGCAAAUCCCAGCACCACGGGGCGUUCUCCUUGGGGCCACCUUCCAUGUGAACUACUGGGAACAGCUCAGCCCGAACGGCACGGCGCCAUCCGUGCGGUAUGGCCACACCGCGGUGUGGAGCCCGGCUGCGAACGGCUUCUACGUGUUCGGUGGAAAUGGUGGUGGCAGCAGCAUCCACGACCAGCUCAAUGACUUGUGGUUCUGGCGUGAGGCCAGCGAGGGUGUGGUCUUACAAGAGAUGCUCAGGAUGCACUUUUUUGUGAAGUACUGGCAAAUCCCAGCACCACGGGGCGUUCUCCUUGGGGCCACCUUCCAUGCAAACAGCAGCUGGGAACAGCUCAGCCCGGACGGCACGGCGCCAUCGGCGCGGCGUUUGCACACCGCGGUGUGGAGCGCCGCUGCGAACGGCUUCUACGUGUUCGGUGGGUUUGAUGAUGGUGGCAACGUUCUUAACGACUUGUGGUUCUACGGGAGUGAGGCCAGUGAGGGUGUGGUCUUAGAUGCUGAGGAUGCACUUUAUUGUGAAGCACUGGCAAAUCCCAGCACCUCAGGGCAUGUCUCGCAGGCAAACAGCUGGGAGCAGCUCAGCCCGAGCGGCACGGCGCCAUCCGUGCGGAAUGGCCACACCGCGGUGUGGAGCCCGGCUGCGAACGGCUUCUACGUGUUCGGUGGAAAUGGUGGCAACCUUCUCAACGACUUAUGGUUCUACGGGCGUGAGGCCAGCGAGGGCCAUCGCGAGCUUUUGGCUCGUCAUGGCUCAUGCAAUGCAAGAUUCGGGUGCUGA